CUGCUCAGCGCCGUUCCCCUCCUGCGCAGGCUGCUCCCAGCAGUUGCACUUUUGCUUUGCACAUCGAGAGAGGGUGGGGAUCCGCUGCCGGCACCCGCGCGCAGCACCCGCAGACCGGCACCCGCAGGGGCCCACCGAGACAGCAACGGCAGUAGAGGAGAAGGAGGAAAAAAUAGAAGUGAGGCUCCAGUCAGCAGCACACCGGAGCCUCCCCCGAAAGGCUGCAGGGCCAUGUCGAUCAUCAAGCUCUUGUGUUGAGAGAAGUGGCUGAAAUGCCACCCAAGAGGUGACAAUGCUGCAGCUCCGGCGAUGAACUGUUGACUGCUUCGGCACAUGAUGAUGCAUUUCCUGGUGUGGGUCCUCCCUGUCAAUCCUGCAAGCGACUACCAUAAGGUCUGGUAACUUCUGACAGAGGGCAUGAGCAGAGCACGCUAGCAGGACUUUAAUUAACUCACUCACCCCAUAAUGAAGCUUCUCCCCAGAAUGGACAAGAUGAUCUGGUAACCAAAGCCUCGCACAUGGACACUAGGGCUGAACCUUUUUAAUUAAGCAUCGACAACCUGAGGACAUCCUGCCCAUGGGACACUAGUGAGGAAGAUGUUAUCAUGCAGGGGCUGAGCACAGACCUGGAGCACAACCAUGACGAACAGUUCAACCUGCACCGAAACCAACCUCAAGCUCUACUAUGCAAUUACGUACACGUUCAUCCUGAUCCCUGGACUAAUAGGAAACACAUUAGCUUUGUGGGUCUUCUAUGGGUACAUGAAAGAAACUAAAAGGGCCGUCAUAUUUAUGAUCAACUUAGCCAUUGCCGACUUAUCGCAGGUUUUGUCCUUGCCCCUGAGGAUUUUCUACUACUUGACUGGGACGUGGGAGUUCGGAGGAGGCCUCUGCAUGUUGUGCUUCUACCUGAAGUACGUCAACAUGUAUGCAAGCAUCUACUUCUUGGUUUGCAUCAGCGUAAGACGGUAUCUGUUUGUUAUGCACCCUUUCAAAUUCAGUGACUGCAAGCGCAUCUGCGACGUGUACAUCAGCAUCGCUGGGUGGGUGGUGGUCUGCGUUGGCUGUUUGCCUUUCCCGCUUCUCAGACUCCACCAGGAUGCUAAAAACACGUGUUUCGUGGAUCUCCCUGUAAAGGAAGUUGAUCUUCCCAUCUCCAUUGCAAUGAUGACCAUAGGUGAGCUGGUGGGGUUUGUGACACCCCUACUCAUCAUCCUAUACUGCUCGUGGAAGACUAUCUUAUCACUAAAGGAAAAUAAUUCUGUUUCACAUGACCUUGGAGAGAAAAAAAAGGCUUUAAAGAUGAUUCUCACCUGUGCACUGGUAUUUCUGAUUUGCUUUGGACCUUAUCAUAUCAGCUUUCCACUAGAUUUCUUUGUCAAAAUCAAAAAGAUUGAAAACGUGUGCGUCCAGAAGGUGAUUUCAGUGUUUCACGUUGUAGCUUUGUGUCUUGCCAGCUUGAACUCCUGCGUGGAUCCAAUCAUCUACUACUUUACUACAGAUGAGUUCAGGAGACGCCUUUCCAGGCAGGAUUUGCAAGACAGCAUCCAGCUCCACAACCUCAGUUAUGCGAGGAAGCACUCCAGAGACGUGCUCAGGAAGGACAUUAUAGACUACUAGCACUCGCCUUGCCCAGAUGUUUCCCAGGACUUCAAAUAUUCACUAUAUUUUGGGGUUUGGCCCAUUUUUUUCCCCCAGGACACAGAGUGCCUACUCAGCCAAGUUUCUGCUGAUUCCAGUGAGGUCUGAGGAAUACAAAAAUCCAAACAAGACCCUCAAAAAUCCCAAACCGACUGAAAAUACAUUAC